AUGUUCUCCCGGAGAAACCAUCCUAGGAUCCUUCAAUAUGAUGCCGAAUCUAAUUCUGUGACGACUCAGAACCUUGAAACGGUCCCAAAUCUCGAACCUACCAAAGCGCCCAAAGAAGCUGGUUCCUCGAGCUCCGAAGAAGACGAGUACGAACCGACCUGUCAACCAAUGCAUGAAUGGCAGACGAGAACGUUUCCUGUCUGCAACAAUGUUCAUGAAGUGAAUAUGAGACCUGAAAGUGGUUCAGUAGUAUUCAUCAACUGUGGUGGGUCUCGCUGUGCAUUCAAGAUUCUCGAUAAUGGUAACGACUGGGUCGUUUUGAAGAUACCAAAAUACAAGAAAGAUAUUGAAGAGCGAUCAUUUGAGAAAGCAAGAAAGGACGGCAUGGCCAUGGAGAGGUUACAAGCAUCGCCAUAUGUCUUGGAUAUUUUUGGAUUUUGCGGCCUUUCACAAGUUAUUGAACCUGGUUUGGAUGGCGGUGCCACACAUGACUUGAUAAAAACGACACGUCUCCGGGGCGAGGAUACGCUACCUGUGGUGGACAAACUGAAGAUUGUCUAUCAACUUGCUUCCGGAGUGGCAGAUAUGCAUACUUUUGAAAAUGAUGGUCUAGUGUCACUUGUGCACAAUGAUAUCUGCUGUCACCAGUUCAUUUUUGUUGACGGUAUCUACAAACUGAACGACUUUCACCUGGCUCAUUUCCAGACAAAGAAUAAAACUUCGCACGAAGUCUGCAAAGCCUACAAUGGUUACAGUGAUCAUUAUAAACUGAUACGAUCGCCCGAAGAGAUUUCUCUCAAAGUGAAUCGUCCAAGAAAUCAAAACGUCCUUUUGGAAAAGAGUGACGUCUACACUCUUGGGAACGUAAUGUAUUAUAUUUUGACAAUGAAAUGGCUUUUUGAAACCCAAGGCGUGAGUAAAGGAAUAAAAGAGUUGAUGCAAGGGCGACGGUCGCCAUUUCCCGAAAAGAUUUUGAAAAGCUCGGAUCGUGGCAUUCGAGCGAUCAGAAAGGCGAUCGAGAUGUGUUGGAAACAUGAUCCCGAACAAAGACCUUCAGCUGACACGGUGAGAAACUUCUUAGGCAACGAACUGAAGGCCGUACUAGGUGUGGAAGAACUUGGUGUCGUCCGUGUCACAUCAAUAAGCCCUUUGCCAGAAGGAUACAAGUACACGGAUGGUGAUUUCAGAACCAUGUUCUAUGAUGACUAA